AUGGCAAAACAGAGAUUGACAGCACUUGAUAUACGAGCGAUAAUAACUUUAUGUAAAAAAAAUAUUAUUGGAUGCACUGUUACAAAUAUUUAUAAUAUUUCAAAUAAAAUUUACGUUUUAAAAUGCUCAAAAAGAGAACAAAAAUAUUUUUUGUUGAUUGAAGCAGAAAAAAGAAUACAUAUUACUGAGUGGAAGAGAGAAAAAGAUGUAAUGCCAUCUUCAUUUACUAUGAAACUAAGGAAGCACUUGAGAUCUCGUAAAAUUACUAAUAUAACUCAAUUAGGAGGAGACAGAGUUGUUGAUAUUAAAUUCGGAUUUGAUGAUAAAGCAUACCAUUUAAUUGUAGAAUUGUAUAUUGCAGGGAAUAUUAUAUUAACAGAUCAUGAGUUUAAAAUAAUACAUAUUUUAAAGAGCAAUGAUGCCACUGGAAAAAGAUAUAAUGCUAAUGAAAUAUAUAAUAUAGAAGAGCAUUCAUCUAUAUUACUAUAUAAAAAUUUGAUAGCAACGGAUAAAGAAAAUAUAAAGAAAUGUAUUAAUGAAAUAUUAUUAUACAAUAAUAAAUCAAAAAUUGAAGAUGCUAAUAUAAAUUCUGCGAAUGUAAUAAAAGAAAAAAAUAAUACCAUGUCUGAAAAAUCUCAAAAUAGUAAUUUGGAGAGUAUGGAUAUCAAAUUCAAAGAAAAUUUGCCGUACAAUAAACUUUGUAAUAGUAAUAACGUUAUUAAUGAAAGUUACAUAAAUGAGAAAAACACUAAAGACAUAAAUAUUAAUGAUGAGAGUAAUAAAAAUAAAAAAUGUGUAAAAAAAAAUAAUUCACAUAAUUUAAAAAAUAAGACUAAUGAAAGAGAUAUAAUAAAAAAGAGCAAUUUAUCCAAAAAUGUCAAAGGUUCUAAAUCUUCAGAAAAUAAAUCCUUACUGAUAUUAAAUAAUUCCAGAAUAAAAAACGAUAUUACUAUUAAUAGUAACGAUAAAUAUAAAAAGAUGAAAAAAUUAAAGACGCUCUCUGAUUUGGCCAGUAGAUUAGUUGCAUUUGCACAUAACGACUUAAUAAUUCAUGCAUUAAUGGUUUGUGGAGUUGAUCCAUAUGAUAUAUUAGAUAAUUACCAAUUAAAUGACAUAACAGAAAUAAUGUAUAAAGUUAUAAAUGAAUGUUUAAAUUUGUUAAAUAUUUUAAGUAAUGAAGAAAAUUUAAUUAAUGGAUAUGGAUUUACAUUAAAAAAUGAAAAAAAAAAAACUAAUGAACAGAAAAAAAAUUCAGAAGAAAUUUUUAAAGUACCAAGUAAUAUUAAUGAAAAGAAAGUUUCAUUUAAGAACGAUGGUAAUGGAGACUCAGAUAAAAUGAAAGAAAUUAAUAUUUCCAAAAGUAAUGAUGAAAAGAAAAAAAGUGAAAUUUUAGGAAAAAAAGAAGAAUAUGAAUUUUUUGAAUUUUCACCAGUUAUUCUUAGUAAUCAUAGAAAUAAAAUAAAUGAGAACAAAAUGGAUAUUAUAGAAUUUGAUGAUUUUAAUAUUUGUGUUGAUACAUAUUUUAGUAAAAUGGAACUGUCCAAGUACGAUAAGCAACAAGAAAUAAAUAAAAACAAGAAUUCUCUUUCCAAAAUGGAUAGAAUUAAAUUGGAUCAUGAAAGAAGAAUUCAUCAAUUAGAAAAAGAAGUAAAUCUCUUAAAAAAAAAAAUUACAUUAAUUCAAAUGAAUGAUGAACUUGUGGAAGAAGCAAUAAAAUUAAUGAGGGCUGCAAUUUCUACAAGUGCAAAUUGGGAGAAAAUAUGGGAUCACAUAAAAAUGUUUAAAAAACAAAAUCAUCCUAUAGCAUCACGCAUUAGUUCAAUAAAUUUUAACAAUUGUGAAAUGGAAUUACUGCUAAAUGAUUGUGAAGAAAAUAAAAAUGAAGAUAAUGAAAGGAACUACGAUUCAAAUGAUGAAAAGAAUGAAAAUUUAAAAAAUUUGGAUAUUAAUGAAAAAAAUGUUUCGGUUACAAUAAAUUUAAAUAAUUCAGUGUAUGGAAAUAUAGAAGAUUAUCAAAAAUUAAGAAAAAGGACAGAAGAAAAAAUUAGGAAAACGAAAAUAGCAACGGAAUUCGCAGUAAAAAAAGUUGAAAAAAAAAAAAAAAACAAAGAAAAUAAACAAAAAGUAAAGCAUAAAACAGUAUGCCAAAUACAAAAAUUAAGAAAAGUUUACUGGUUUGAAAAAUUCCACUGGUUUACUUCUUCUGAAAAUUAUUUGGUUAUAGCUGGAAGAGAUGCUUUACAAAACGAAAUAUUAUUUAGAAGAUAUUUUCAGAAGAAUGACAUUUAUGUUCACGCAGAUAUUCAUGGUGCAGCAUCCUGCAUAAUUAAAAAUCCAUACAAGGACAAACCAAUUCCAGAAAAAACUCUAGCAGAAGCAGGACAAUUAGCAGUAUGCAGAAGUUCUGCUUGGAAUAAUAAAAUUAUAACUUCAGCCUGGUGGGUAUAUUAUCACCAAGUUAGUAAAUCUGCACCAUCAGGAGAGUACUUAAAAACAGGAUCUUUUGUAAUAAGAGGUAAAAAAAAUUAUUUACCACACGUCAAAUUAGAGAUGGGAAUAACUAUUUUAUUUCACAUCGAUAAAAUGUUAGAUAACAAUAUUGAAGAAAACACUCCAGAAAAUGCAAAGAAAGCAAUUGAGCAAGAUGAUGUGAAUACAAAUAAAAAUAAUUCAAUUGAUCAACAGUAUAAUGAUAAUGUAUCAAAAGAAAGAAUAUAUAGUAAUUCUAUCUCAUCUGUAAGUUGCUUAAAUUCUAUUAAUGAAAAAAAAAAUUUUAGAAGCAUAAUAAAAGAAAUACCAUGUGUAUGUAAUAAUUCUUAUAAACAAAAAAAGAAGGGAUACAAUUUUUUACUUAAAAAAAAAAACUAUGCCAUUACUGAAAAAAAUGUUACCGAAAAUAAUAAUAAUUUUUUUAAACUUCCAAUUAGCAUUAGUGAUAAAGAUAACUACAAUAGUAAAAAAGAGCAUAUUCAUCUAAAUUUUGUUAACUAUAAUAAUAAUUUUAGUGAUAAAAAUAAUGAUUAUAAUAGUAUUAAAAAUAAAAAUGGGAAUAAUUAUAAUAGCGCUUACAAUAAUAGCAACAAUAAUAAUAUAUUGAAAGUGAAAAAUGAUAAUAAUACAUAUGUAGUAAAUAAGAAUAUUAUAAACUUUACCAAUUCUUAUAACUUAAAUCACAAAUUUCCUAAUCUAAGUAACAAUAUUUAUUCAUAUAAUAGUAAUUAUAUAGAACAUAAAAAUUUAGUAGUAAAUUUAAAAAAAAAAAAUAAUUGUAUAAAUAAAAAUAAUUUUUAUUUAAACUGUGGUUACAAAAUUUCAAUGGGUAACAAGAAGGAAAAUGAAUAUUUAAAAAAAAGUAUUGAAUAUGGAUAUAGUAAUGAAUUAGAAAUGUUUUUAAAUUUUCCAGAGCAUUCUGAAAAUCCUAAGUUAAUGCUUAAAUGCACUGGGUCAAGUUUACCUUAUGUAUAUUAUUCAAAAAACAAAAAAAGUAGAUGCAACUAUAGAAUUUUUUUUAGUUUCUUUCUAGGAAAUAAUAAAAAAAUAAAUACAUUAAACUCUAGUUUUAUACAUAUGUAUGAUAAAAUAUUUUUGAUAUUGAACAAAUUAGGAAUUUUUUAUGAUUAUGAAUAUAACACCGUUCAAAUAUUAUGUAAAUUUUUGAAUUUUAAUUUAUUCUUGAAUAAAAAAAAUAAUCAAAUAUUUCGUAAGUUUUUUUUAAAUCACAAAAAAUAUAACCAAAAUAUGUGUAAUAAUUGUAGGGUUUUUAAAAAAUAUUAUAAAAGAAUUAUUUAUGUUAUUUGUAAAUUUUACUUUUAUUUUUUUUUGUUUACUCAUAAAAAAGAGAAAAAUCUUAUGCCCAAAGGAAAUAUCAAAUUAAUUAAGGAUACUAGAAAAUUAUAUAUUAUUUUUAAAAAAUUUAAAAAUGCCUUAACCUUCUUUUUUGUUCACAAAAUUAUUUUAAAUAUAAAAGAAAACUUUAGCUCUAACAUUUUUUCUAAAAAUAUACUGGAAAUAUUUAAUUUAAAUAAAAAUCAUAAUAUUUUUAAAGGUAUCCAAGAUAACACAAAAUCAAAUAAUACUAUUAAAUUAAAUAAUAUAUUAUUAAGUUAUUAUAUGAAGAAAGUUUUAAUUGAAAAUUUUGAACAAAGAGAUUCUUUUUGUUUUGAUUACGUAUAUGAAAAUAAGAGAAAACAAAGUUUCAUAUCUUGUGAAAUAUACGGAAGUCCUAUUAGAUUUAAGGAUGAUGAUUUAAAUGAAUCUUCAUCUGAUAAAAAGGAAAAAAUAGAUAAUAAUGGAAACUUUUCCAUAUCAAGUUCAUUUAGUGAAAACAUAUCUGAGAAGCAAAAAAAGAAUAAUGUUUCUUUCAAAUCUGAUUUAGAUAAUAUGCAUUUCGCUGAAGAAAAAAAAUCAUUAAAUUUAUCAAGGCCCAGCAGGACACGCAAGCCUACAGGAUUUGUAAAAAUGGAUGUUAGUAAACUGCUUAAAGAUAUAGAAGAUGAAGAAAUGGAUGAAGACAAUAAUAAAAAUAGAAAGGUAAAAAUAAAUAUGAAUACUAAAAUAAUUGGUGAAGAGGAAAAAGAAAAGAUUUCAUCUAAUUCCGAUAAACUUGAUACAUGUGAUUUUGAAAAAAGAGAAUCUCCAAAUUUACCAAGGCAUGCUAGAUCGCACAAGCGUCUUGAUUUUGUAAAUAUGGGUUCUAAUAAAUCACUUAAAGAAAUAGAAGAUGAAGAAAAGUGUGGUGAAGAAGAAUAUAAUAAUAAAAAAGAAACAAAGACGAAGUUUAAUAAUGAUGAAAUUAAUGAAAAAAAGAAAAAAAACGUCUCAUUUACUCCUAAAGAAGAAAAUAUUCCUUAUGUUGAAAAGCAAGAAUCUUUAAAUACACUGAGACCAAGCAGGUCACGUAAACCUACAGGUUUUGUAAAAAUAGAUGUUAGUAAGUUGCUAAAAGAUAUAGAAGAUAAUGAAAAAAGUGAAGAAAAAAAAUUAAAAGGAACUUUUGGUAAUAGUACAAGUGAUAGGGAAAAAAUAAAAAGUGUUUCAUUUACCUCUGAAGAAGAAAAUAUUCCCUACGUUGAAAAUCAAGGAUCUCUAAAUAUACCAAGACCAACUAGAUCACGUAAACCUACAGGUUUUGUAAAAAUGGAUGUUAGCAAAUUACUUAAAGAUAUAGAAGAUGAAGAAAAUGAUGAAAGAGAAGAAGAUACAAAAAAACAAGUAUCAUUCAAUAACAAUGAAAAUGAUAGUAGAAAAAAAAUGAGUGUAUCAUUUACUUCAGAAGAUGAAAAUAUUUAUGUUGAAAAACAAGAAUCUUUAAAUGCACUAAGGCCAAGCAGGUCGCGUAAGCCUACAGGUUUUGUAAAAAUGGAUGUUAGUAAACUUCUUAAAGAAAUAGAUGAUGAAGAAAAACGUGAAGAAAAAAAAUUAAAAGGAACUUUUAAUAAUAACACAAAUGACGAGAAAAAAAAAAAAAGUGUUUCAUUUACCUCUGAAGAAGAAAAUAUUCCUUAUAUUGAAAGUCAAAAAUCUUUAAAUACAUUAAGACCAACUAGAUCACGUAAGGCUACAGGUUUUGUAAAAAUGGAUAUUAGUAAACUCCUUAAAGAUAUAGAAGAUGAGGAAGAAAAAUGCUAUAAAAAAGACCUUAAUAUGAAUGUAUGUAAAAGUGAAAUUAGUACUAGUUUCAAAGAAAAAAUAUCAAAUGAAGAUAAAGACGAAAGUAAACAUGCAGAUAAAGAUAAGGAAAAAGAAAGUAAAGAUAAAGAUGAAGAAGAUGAGAAUAAAGAAGAUGAAGAUAAGGAAAAAGAAAGUGAAGAUAAUGAUGAAGUCGAUGAGAAUAAAGAAGAUGAAGAUAAGCAAAAAGAAAAUGAAGAUAAAGAUGAAGUAGAUGAGAAUAAAGAAGAUGAAGAUGAUGAAGAAGAAGAAGAUGAAGAUGAAGAGGAAGAGGAAGAGGAAGAGGAAGAUGAUGAUGAAGAUGAAGAAGAAGAUGAAGAAGAAGAAGAAGAUGAAGAAGAAGAUGAAGAAGAAGAAGAAGAUGAAGAAGAUGAAGAAGAUGAAGAAGAUGAAGAUGGAGAAGGUAAAGAUGAUGAAGAUGAAGAAGAUGAAGAUGAUGAAGAUGAUGAAGAUGAUGAAGAUGAUGAAGAUGAUGAAGAUGAAGAAGAUGAAGAAAAAGAUAACGAAAAUGGAGGUGGUGGUGAAAGUAGAGGUAAAUACAAUAAAGAUCAUUCAAGUGAGAAUGGAGAAAGGAAAAAUGAAGAUGAAGACGAAAAUGGAGAAAAUGAAAAUGAACAGGAUGAAGAUAAAACAUACUCAGAGGAAGAAUAUGAAAGGAAUACAAAUAAAUGUAAUGAAAAUAAAAAAAAGAAAAGUACAAAAUUAAAAAAAGAAGUAUCUUUGAAUAAUGAGUCAGAUGAAAAUUUAAAUAAAAAUAAAAAUGAGCUCACAGAAAAAAAAAGACAAGAUAAGAGAGAUAAAACAAAAAGUUGCGUUCAUUUACUAAGGGGGGCAAAAUCAAAAAAAAAACGAAUGAAGAAGAAAUAUAAAGAGCAAGUUGAUGAUGAAGAAUCAAGACAAUUACAUAUGAAAAUAAUUGGAUCUAAAAAGAUGAAACAUGAAAUUGACAAAACAAAAACGGAAAAAAAUGGAGAUAAAGUAGCAGAAUUGCAGAAUAAAUAUAAAAAUGUUAAAGAAGUUAUAGCAAACUUUGAAAAAAUAGAUGAACAAGAUAUGAAAGUGAAGUUAAGUGAAUUAGAAAAAUUAACAAGUUCACCAAAAGAAGGAGAUAUUUUGUGUUUUGCAAUUCCAAUGUGCGCACCUUAUUCAGCUCUUCAAAAUCAUAAGUAUAAAAUAAAGUUAGUUCCUGGAAAUACAAAAAAAGGAAAAGUUGCUGAAUCGUGUAUUUCAUAUUUUCUAAAAAAUUCCAUUAACGAAAAAGAGAAAAUUUUAAUAAAGAAUAUAUCAAUGGAUGAAUUAGGUAACUGUAUCAUAACAAAUUCAACACCUGAUAUAGCGGGAUUCAAAUUUUCUAAAUCUCAUUAUAUGCAAAAAGGGAAUAAAUGUAAAAAGACAAAAUAG